AUGCCCGCCGACUACCUGGAGCGCGUGUACGCUGGUGUGCUCGGCAAGCUCAUCGGCGUCUACCUCGGCCGGCCGUUCGAGGGCUGGACGUACUCUGGCAUCGUCGCGGAGCUGGGCAGCAUCCGCCACUACGUCCACACCCAGUUCCCCGGCUUCGCCCAGCGACCACCCGUCGUCACUGACGACGACGUCUCCGGCACCUUCACCUUCAUCCGGGCCCUCGCAGAGCACGGCAUCUCCAACGAUAUCACCUCGGAGCAGAUUGGCAAGACCUGGCUCAACAACGUCAUCGAGAAGCAGACCGUCUUUUGGUGGGGAGGCAGAGGCAUAUCCACGGAGCACACCGUCUUCCUCAACCUGAAGAAUGACAUCAAAGCACCCGAUAGCGGCAGUAUCGAGACAAACGGCAAGACGGUCGCCGAGCAGAUUGGCGCCCAGAUCUUUAUCGAUGGCUGGGCCAUGCUUUGCCCGGGACAGCCUGAGCUCGCGGCAAAGCUCGCCAAGGCAGCCGCCUUGGUCAGCCAUGACGGCGAGAGCGUCCUCGCUGCCAUGAUGUGGGCCGCCAUGGAAUCAGAGGCGUUCGUCUCCAAGGACGUCGACCAUCUGAUUGACACAGGGCUGAGAAUCAUCCGCAAGGAACGAAAAGGCUCCCUGAUUGAGACGCUGAUCCAAGACGUGCGCGAAUGGGUGACACUCGACAAGGCCUGGCCGGCGACGAGGCAGCGUAUUGACGACAAAUACGGGUACGACCAGUUUGACGGCAUCGUCCACGUCAUCCCCAACCACGCCAUCAUGAUCAUGGCUCUGCUCUACGCAGGCAACGACUUCCACGAGGCCAUGCACAUUGUCAACACAUGCGGCUGGGAUACAGACUGCAACUCUGGCAACUUAGCAUGUCUCGUCGCCAUCAUGCACGGCUUGCCAUGCUUUGAGGGCGGACCGGACUGGCGAGGACCCCUUGCCGACCGAGUGUUAAUCUCUAGUGCCAACGGAGGCUACUCGAUCAACAAUGCAGCCCGGCUCGCCUAUGACACCGCGAACCUCGGGCAUAGACUCGCAGGCCACAAACCGCUCACCCUCCCGAAGAACGGAGCACAAUACCACUUCACUCUGCCAGGCAGCGUCCAGGGCUUCACCGCUCACCCUGCAAAGGCUGCCACUGUCACCCAAAGCCACGACUGUCGUGGCAGGACCAGCCUGGCCAUCAGGCUGACCGGCCUCACCCCAACAAGUGACCCCAUCGCCAUCAUGACCGACACGUUCCACCCGCUCUAUCUGCCAACGUCUGGCGAAAGGUACUCCCUCACAUCCACGCCCCUCUUGUACCCGGGCCAGACCGUCAGGGCCGUCCUCCGCGCCGACGCGGACGAGUGCCGGUUUCCUGUCUCCUGCCAGAUUAGCAUCAAGGCCUACAACCACGACGACACCGUGCUCACUCUCAGAGGCCCUGCCACGGAUCUCAACCCUGCGCGGAUGGGCGAGGACUCCGAAUCGCCGCUCGUGCUCGAGUACACCAUCCCUACCUCCGGACUGCUCGACGGCACCCGGCCCAUUUUCGCUGUGGGCGUGGCCCUCACACCCAUCCUGGACGCCGACACCCCGCCCAGCGCCGCCAACGGGGCCGGCACAGCCAGGCUCGACCGCCUCUCCUGGGAGGGCAGGCCGCAGCUGACCCUCAAGCUGCCGCGGCACACCGAGGAGCCGCUGACCUACUUCCAGCGCAUGUUUGUCCGGUCCGUGGACAAUUUCCACUUCCGGACAGGGCCGACUUUCCGGCUGGCGCAGGAUCGCGGCGAGGGGUUGUUGAGUGUCGGGACGCGUGAUUGGGCCCGCUAUGAUGCCAAAGUCCGCGGCUUUCGCGUGUUGGCGGGCGGGCCGUGUGGUGUGAUUGUGCGCGUGCAGGGCCUGCGCAGGUGGUACGGGCUGGUGUUUCUCCUGGGCGAGGCUGGGAAGGGAAGAAGGGUGGCACUAGUUAAGGUGCGAGAUGAGAAGAGGAAGGUUCUAGAAUACGUAUCGAUGGACUGGGCGGUUGACGCCCCGUACGACGUGCGUGUGCUGUGUGAUGGGCGGAACUUGAAGGGCCUUGUUGCUCGCGCGGGGACGGCUGACACCGUGGCCCAGGUGGCUUGGGCGGACGAUGACGACGUCUACGAGAGCGGCGGCGCCGGGUUCCUCGUUACUGAAGGGGCGGUGGCGGCGGAUGAGUUAGUGGUCGAGGCGCAGUAG